GAGCCGGGAUGGGCUGAGCCGAGAGCUGGAGCCCGGCAACCCCGCACUGCGCAUCCAUCAGUUAACAGAGCGAUCCGACGGCCCCACAGCCCCAUUCCUGGGUAAUGCCCCCUCCCUGCACCGCAGAAUUCCACGAGGAACCCCCGGCACCCGCACGCUGAGCCCCACACGGCACCGGGGGGGGGCGUCCGGAGACCCCUUUCCUCCCAGCCUCGUGCCCUCUCUGCACAUUUGGCUUUUCCUGUUUCAGCUUUGCCUGCGAACCCAAUGAGGAAAUAAGGCGGUGUCACAUGCGCUGCGCUGACAGUUGGCCCCAGCGAAUGCUGCCGGAGGGGUAACGGAGCGGUGCUGGCAGCGAGGGCCCCCCCAGGGCCGCCCUAUAACCAUGUUCUCCCGGAAGAAGCGUGAGCUGAUGAAGACCCCCUCCAUCUCCAAAAAGAGCCGCGCAGGGAGCCCCAUCCCGCAGACCUUGCCGGAUCUAUCCCGCAAGGACUGCCUGGAAGCUCCCAGCCUUGGGGAGCUGCCCCCCAGCAGCACCAAACUCAGCAGCAGCCCCAGCGCCGUGGGCACCCUAAAGCGCCCCACCAGCCUCAGCCGCCAUGCCAGCGCCGCCGGCUUCCCCCUCACCUCUGCCGGCCCCCGAGCUGUCCCUAAGGGUCAUAAGACCCCCACAUCCUACAGCCCCAUGGAGGGGGGCGAUGGCCCCUUCAUUGAUGUGGAGGACAUCUCCCAGCUGCUGACCGACGUGGCGAGGUUUGCGGAUGCCCUGGAGAGCCUGCGGGAUGUGGUGCUGCGUGAUGACCCCAAGGAGUCCCAGCGGCCUCAAGCCCACGAGUGUCUGGGUGAAACACUGCGGGUGCUGCGCCAGGUGAUCAACAAAUACCCACUGCUCAACACGCUGGAGACACUGACAGCAGCAGGGACCCUCAUCUCCAAAGUGAAGGGCUUCCAUUAUGAAUCCAACAAUGAGACAGACAAGAGGGAGUUUGAGAAGGCGGUGGAGACCAUCGCCGUGUCCUUCAGCAGCACUGUCUCUGAGUUCCUCAUGGGGGAGGUGGACAGCAGCACCAUCCUCUCCAUCCCACCCAGUGACCAGAACCAGUCUAUGGAGAGUCUCUAUGGGGGGAUCCCUGGGCCUGGAGGGGAUGGUGUGCUCUCGGGCAUGGAGAGCUAUGACACAGUCCGUCCAGCGGCUGAGGAGGUGGAUGUGAUGCUGCAGCGCUGUGAGGGAGGUGUGGAUGCUGCCCUGCAGUACGCCAAGAACAUCUCCAAGUACAUGAAGGACCUCAUCGGGUACCUGGAGAAAAGGACGGCUCUGGAAAUGGAGUUUGCCAAAGGGCUCCAGAAGAUGGCAAACAGCUGCAAGCAAACCUUCACGCAGGAGACCAGCAUGCCCUUCCUGUCCAUCUACCUGCUGGCAUUGGAGCAGGACAUGGAGUACGGCACGACAGUGCUGCAGACUGUCACCACGCUGCAGCACCAGACCUUCCUGCAGCCACUGACUGUGAGGCGUCUGGAGCAUGAGAAGAGAAGGAAGGAGAUCAAGGAGCAGUGGCACCGUGCACAGAGGAAGCUGCAAGAUGCAGAGGUGAACCUGCGGAAGGCCAAGCAGGUUUACAUGCAGCGCAGCGAGGAGCACGAGAAGGCCAAAUAUGUGGCAGUGAGAGCAGAGGAGGAGCAGCAAAGCACCGCCAGCAGCAUCACCACCAAAACCCUGGACAAGAAGAGGCGGCUGGAGGAGGAGGCCAAGAACAAGGCAGAAGAGGCCAUGGCCACCUACAGGACCUGCGUGGCUGAUGCCAACACACAGAAGCAGGAGCUGGAGGACACCAAGGUGAAUUCCCUACGGCAGAUCCACGAGCUGAUCAAGCAGAGCGACCAGGUCAUCAAGCUGGCCACCAUUGCCUUCUACCAGAUCAUGCACAUGCAGACAGCACCGCUGCCCGUCCACUUCCAAACUCUGUGUGAGAGCAGCAAGCUGUACGACCCUGGGCAGCAAUACGCCUCGCAUGUCAAGCAGCUGCAGCGAGGAGAUGAGCCUGACACACAGUACGACUUCGAGCCUUACGUGUCCCACAACGCCUGGUCCCCCUUCACCCGCACACGGAAGGGCAGCUUUAACUCCAGUGACUUCUCCACCAGCGGUGGCUCUGAUGGGGCCGGGCUGCCCAGGGAUGGGAGCAACACAGAGGGACCCAGAGAGACCCAGGGUGGGACGAUGGCAGAGCGCAGAGCAGGGAGGGGACACCAGGUGCACAAAUCCUGGCCAACCUCCACCUCUGAAGCUGACAGCAGCCUGGAUUCCAGCACAGGAGAAUUCGGCCGCAAACUGCAGCGUUUGUCAUCCAAUGGCACCAUGUCCUCCAGCGAGGAGCUGGGAGAGAAGGAUGAGAACGCUGCCUCCUUUGAGCAGAGUAUCAAUGGGAUCACCCCAGAGAUGACAGCACCCACGGGGCCCUUCCGGAAUGUGGGCCUGUCCAGGGCAGCCCAGACCCACCGGUUAAGGAAGCUGAGGACCCCCUCCAAGUGUCGGGAGUGUAACAGCUACGUGUACUUCCAGGGGGCAGAAUGUGAGGAGUGCUACCUGGCAUGCCAUAAGAAGUGCUUGGAGACUUUGGCCAUCCAAUGUGGGCACAAGAAGCUCCAGGGGAAGCUGCAGCUUUUUGGGCAGGACUUUCUGAAGGCGUCUCAGGGCAGCGCGGAUGGCAUCCCCUUCAUUGUCAAGAAAUGCAUCUCUGAGAUUGAGAAGAGGGCAAUGAAAACCAAGGGAAUCUACCGAGUGAAUGGUGUGAAGACCCGCGUGGAGAAGCUCUGCCAGGCUUUUGAGAAUGGGAAGGAGCUGGUGGAGCUGUCUCAGGCAUCCCCACAUGAUAUCAGCAACGUGCUGAAGCUCUACCUGAGACAGCUCCCGGAGCCCAUCGUGCCGUUCAGGAUGUACAAUGCAUUAAUGGGAGCAGCCAAGGAGAGCCUGCAGGGCAGCAGUGAAGCCAAAGGGAGGAGUGGGAAAGGAGGACCGGAGCUGAUGGACAAAGGAGCCGACACCGACCGUGUGGUUGUGAACCUGGUGCUGAAACUGAAGGAGCUGCUGAAGGAGCUGCCAUGGGAAAACAUGGCCACGCUGCAAUACCUCCUGCAGCACCUGAGGAGGAUCGUGGAGGUGGAGCAGGACAAUAAAAUGACCUCCAGCAACUUGGGCAUCGUUUUUGGGCCCACUUUACUGCGGCCGCGUCCCACGGAUGCCACCAUCUCUCUGUCCUCGUUGGUGGAUUACCCCCACCAGGCGCGUGUCAUCGAGGCGCUCAUCAUCUUCUACCCCACCAUCUUUGAGGAUGAGGACAGCACUCUGAGCCCUGACAGCAGUGAAUUCAAUGCAGAUCAACAGGAGGAGACCCCGGAUGAGCCCACAGCAGCUCCGUGCCCACAGACCCAGAAGGGUGACUUGGGGUACAGCGUGGGAGCAUUUGGGGAGUCCAGUGAGAGAUCGGUCGACUCCGACUCAGAGCUGGAGGAUGGUGGGGAGCCGGGGGGCAGCAACAGGCAGCUGAGGAAACAGGAGAGUGAAACGAGCACGGAUGAAGCCCCGUUCUAUGAGGAGGGCAGCGAGGGGCAGCGCAGCCGCACGUGCAGCACUGGGCAGUCGGACACGGAGGGUUCUGCAUUGCAAUGCACUGCAGGAGAACACAGCGACCCUGAGGAGGAACCUGAGAGCGGUGCCACCAGCACAGCCCAGCAGUGAGAACAGCCCCAGGCUGGGCAGUGAUGGCUCAGCUGACAAAGCUCACCUUGCUGCUUGUAUACAACGAUGGGCAUUUCCCUACUCAGGUCUCAGGGCUUUUUGGAUGUAUAUUUGAUCUGCAGAAUCCAUGCUGUGAUGGCAGCAGGGGGAGAUGCAGGAUGCCUGAACUAAGCUACAGCCCCUCCUCCAUCUGUGAGCUUUCUGUCUUCUUGUAUUGGUAUAUAUAUAUAAUGCAAACCUACUACCUCUGCUGGCAACUGAACUCAAAGGGUUAAAAAGGACCAAAGUCUCUUUGAAAGUUCUAACUUUCCUGCACUGAUGAAGCACAGAGAAAAGAAUGAGUGUAUUUGAAGAUUAGAAAGGACUGAAAGCUGCUUCAUUCCAUCACCCUGCUCAGGCCUGGACUGCUCCCCAUUGCCACAGCACCAUAGCAGGGCUGGGAGCCCCAUGGGUCCAAAGAAACUGCACAUAUCUCAAGUUGUUCUCUAAUACUCAGCCAGACCAGCCCUUGGUGAAGCAUUGGGUACCACCUCCUCCUGUCUUAGUCCUCUGCUGCAGGCAGGGAUGGCAUCCAGGCAGCAAAGGGAGAGCUGAGAAGAUCUUCUUGGCCAUGGAAGCUGAGCAGAGUGGUGUCCACAGCUGGAGAUGCACUGAACUUGAAGGGUUAACAGAGCUCAAUUCAUGGUGAUAGAAUCCCUUUGGAGGAUCAUCUCCAUCAAGGAGAGGGUUGAUAACAGCCACAGCUCUCAGCCAGGUCAGAAAAGCAUCUCAGCACAUUAAAAGGUACACAAAACCAAAGUUCCAUUUACAGCCAGCUGGUUUGUAACUGAGCCAAAGGAGAGAUACAGUUACCUGUGAGCACAUCGGCUCUUCACCACGAUGCUGGAUCCUUCCAGCACAUCAUUCUCAUGGUAGCAGGAAAAAUGAGGCUGAAUGUUGCUACCAGAACUGCUACUGCAGCGGUACCACGUGUGUGUGUUUGUGUGUGAGGAUGGAGGAUGGUGAAUGUGAGGGAAGGAAGGGACGAAAGCAAUGCUUGAGCUUCACAUGGUACCAAGCUCCCUUCUAUUUGUAUAUAAACUCAGCAAGGAGAGAUAAUGUCCUUUUGGGACGUGCCUGUGCUGCUGUAUGAAGCUGCGUUCCGUGUUUUGCUGUGUUCACACUGAUGUGCUUCCAGAAAGAAUAAAAUCCUUGUGUUCCAA